AGAGAGAGAGAGAGAGGCGGAGAGAGAAGAGAGAGAGAGAGAGAGAGAGAGAGAGAGAGAGCAGGGCCGAGAGAGGGAACCGUUUUUUCUGUUAUUAUAUGAAGUUUCAGCUCAGCAAUGGUGUCGGACCAAGAAAUAGCAAACGGGGUGGAGUCGCUUCUCCGUCAGUCUGACCCCAACGCCGUUACCUGCGUUAACGGUGUUGUUCAGCAGUUGGAGGCAAAGCUAGGGUUAGACCUCUCCCACAAGGCGGGAUUCAUCCGAGACCAGAUCGACCUUCUCCUCCGAUCACAUAAUCAGCCCCCUCCUCAACCCAAAGAACAUUUUGCCCUCCAGCACCACCCUCAGUUUCACACCACGCACCCCCAAAUUCCUCACCAUUUCACCCUUAACCCCCACCGUCGCGAGGAGCUCAACUUCCGAUGUCGCCCUCCACCGCAGCCUCAGCCUCACCAGCAGCCGCAGUGCCCACCGCCGCCGCAUCUUCCGGUGACCAAAGCCGAUGCUUUUGUUCAGAACUCUGCAGCACCCGCCCCCGAAGUGCCAAAAGAAAGUGCUCCAAGCAGAGCAAAAAGAAGAGGUGGCCCAGGGGGUCUAAACAAAGUUUGUGGUGUUUCACCUGAGCUCCAGGCCAUUGUUGGUGAGCCUGCCAUGCCAAGGACCCAGAUUGUGAAACAGCUAUGGGCUUACAUAAGGAAACAUAAUCUCCAAGAUCCAAGUAACAAGAGAAAAAUAAUUUGUGAUGAUGCUCUGCGUUUGGUGUUUGAGACAGACAGCACUGACAUGUUCAAGAUGAAUAAACUUCUGGCAAAGCAUAUUAUCCCUCUUGAACCUACAAAAGAGUCAGGCCAAGAUUCUAAACGGAUCAAGUUAGAUGUUGAAUCCACAACUGAAAGUGCUGAAGCUGGUCAAUCACUUGUUGUAAUAUCCGAUGCACUUGCCAAGUUUUUUGGCACUGGAGAAAGGGAGAUGAUCCAAGCAGAGGCUUUAAGAUGCCUUUGGGAGUACAUAAAACUUAACCAUCUGGAGGAUCCUCUAAAUUCAAUGGUGAUAUUAUGUGAUGCAAAACUUCAAGAGCUUUUUGGAUGUGCAAGCCUUGCUGCAAUGGGAAUACCAGAGAUGCUGGCACAUCAUCUUUUCAAGCGGUCAUAACAUCUGAUAGUGUUGGCUGGUUGAUGCACAACUUAGAUGCCAUCUAGUCAGUAACUGACAGCAUAGCAGAUAUUGGAAAAAGUCAUUUUUUUUUGUGUGCUUUGAUUGGUUAGAUGUUAAUUCUGUUCACGCAACUUGUUUAUUUUAUGUGCAAAAUGGAAAUGUACUCUGGGCUAGUGGCAAGGAGUAUGUUGAAGUUGAUGACAAGGCCCUAGCUUUCAGGUUUUCUUUAUUUAACAUCAUAGAUUACAGCCUAAUCUCUAACCACCUAAGAAAUAGCAAAAAGAUGGAAGCACAAGGGAAAGAUAGAAUUAAUAUUAACAUCGUGUGAAUGAAUUUUUAGCAUAGUGUAUACCAUGUUGCAUGAAUUUGUUUA